GAGAAGAAAAAGAAGGAUCAUUACAAUUGUUCAAUCAAUUCUCCUCGUGCUUCACAUUCUGACACCACCUGGCUUGAGGAGUACCGCCGCAUCGCCCCGGCAUUCCCGUGGACCUGUAUCCUUCACCCGUAUCGCCCUCCUCGCUCCCCAAGCAGCAUACCACCGUCUGGUAUCUUACGAGCCUCACCGUUGGAGCCCCCCCCCCCGCCCCCCCUCCACCCCUCAGGAUCUUGCGACACCGACCGCUAGUAUUACCACCAUCACCGCCCCCAUCGUACACAGAUCUAACGAAAAGUUCCCCAACAAUGUCUUCCUUUCUUGAGCACUCGUACUCGAUUGUUCACCUUGAUAAUACCGCAGACCAGCCAUCGAUUCAGCAGCUGCAGCAGCAGCUAGAAAAGGGUACCGAUGAAUCCAAGGUGGAAACUAUGCGUCGGAUUCUCACCAUUAUGUUGAACGGUGAUCCCAUGCCGCAACUAUUGAUGCACAUUAUCCGAUUUGUCAUGCCCAGCAAGUCAAAACCGCUCAAGAAGCUGUUAUACUUCUACUACGAAAUUUGUCCGAAACAUGAUGCAGGUGGGAAGCUCAAGCAGGAGAUGAUAUUGGUGUGGUAGGCAUUUCUCCGGGGAGGGAGCUUGAGAUUUUAAUGCGCUUCUUAUGUUAGCCUUUAUGUCACAUGGAAGCUUGAUAUAAUCUAUCGAUGGAAUUCAUGCGGGAAUAGGAAAGAGCUGAUGUGGGCGUGUGGCAUAUAGCAACGGUAUCCGAAACGAUCUUCUUCAUCCAAAUGAAUUCAUCCGUGGUGCAACACUGCGUUUCCUUUGCAAAGUCAAAGAGCCCGAGCUUCUCGAACCAUUAGUGCCCUCUGCUCGUCAAUGCCUCGAACAUCGUCAUGCCUACGUCCGCAAGAACGCUGUCCUGGCUAUUCAAUCAGUAUAUCUUCACUCGGAGCACCUAAUACCCGACGCCCCCGAGCUUAUCCAAACGUUCCUGCAAACUGAGAGCGACAAUACUUGCAGGAGGAACGCUUUUGCUUCUCUGAGUGCGAUCUCACACGCAAAGGCUUUGGAAUACCUUAAUUCUGUUUUCGAUGAUAUUGCCAGUACGGAUGAGCUGACGCAACUCGUGCUCAUUGAGUUCAUUAGAAAGGAUGCCGUGCUUAACUCAGGAAAUAAGGUGGGUUUUGGUCGCUCGGUACCUCGUUGGGGGAUACCUAUUGUAUCGGGGGGGUUUUCUUACAUGUGGGAGUAACGCAGGCAAGAUAUUUAAGAUUAAUUUUCGAUCUGCUCGAGGCAUCCUCAAAUACUGUCGUAUACGAAGCUGCAACCUCCCUAACAGCUUUAACAAGUAAUCCGGUCGCAAUCAAGGCUGCUGCCGGGAAAUUUAUCGAGCUCAGUAUCAAAGUUUCCGACAAUAAUGUCAAACUUAUCGUUCUCGAUAAAGUAGAUCAGCUUCGUAAGAAGAACGACGGUACGCUCGAUGAUUUAGUUAUGGAAGUGCUGCGGGUCCUAUCCAGGUAUAGCAUCCAUUACAGAAUUUCCGUCGAUAAUUUACCUCCCUGCUCACUGGAUCAAUUUCUAACCUGAUGAAAAAUAGCCCUGAUAUCGAUGUGCGGAAAAAGGCUCUUGAUAUUGCAAUGGACAUGACGUCAAGCAAAAACGUAGAAGAGGUGGUCAUGCUGCUCAAGAGCCAACUUGCCAAAACCGUGGAUCAAGACUAUGAAAAGGUAUGCAAAGCAUCUCCUCUCUUAGAGUCCCAAGCGAUAAAUUCCAACACUUUAUAGAACAAUGAAUAUAGGCAACUUUUGAUUCACGCCAUCCAUACAUGCGCCAUCAGAUUUUCCGAGGUUGCCGCGAGCGUUGUUGGGCUGCUUAUGGACUUCAUUAGCGAUUUCAACAACUCUUCUGCAGUAGAUGUCAUUGCAUUUGUGAAAGAAGUUGUGGAGAAAUUCCCUGCUUUGCGCUCUUCAAUCAUUGAGCGCCUCAUGGGCACUUUGGGCGAAGUGAGGGCCGGAAAGGUCUACAGAGGAGCAUUAUGGAUUGUUGGAGAGUACUGUGUUGAGCAGAAAGGUACUUGGUUGGAUUUGAGCCCUAGUCCCCGGUUGGCGGAACUAAUUUAAUUCCUUCUCUUUUCCACCAGAUAUCCGAGAGGCAUGGAAGCGGAUCCGUGCCAGUCUUGGCGAAAUACCAAUCCUUGCCUCGGAACAGCGCCUGCUGGAUGAGCAACCUGAAGGCGAUGCAGGGCAAAAUAAUGAAGGUUCGAAACCGGCUGCGCCGUCAGGGUCACGCAAAGUGCUUGCAGAUGGCACAUAUGCAACCGAAAGCGCCCUAACAAGCGAGUCUGCUAGCGCUGCCAAACUUGAAGCUGUCAAGGCCGCUCAAAAGCCACCGCUACGUUCACUCAUCCUUGACGGCGACUUUUUCUUGGCUUCUGUGCUCUCAUCUACUCUCACGAAGCUUGUCAUGCGCCACUCAGAGAUCUCCUCUGACGCUGCUCGCACCAAUGCCUUGAAAGCCGAGGCUAUGCUGAUCAUGAUCAGUAUCAUUCGUGUUGGCCAGAGCGAAUUUGUGAAAGCCAAGAUUGACGAGGACAGCAUGGACAGAAUCAUGUCCUGUGUACGCUCGUUGGCGGAAUAUGAGACAAAGAAGGAGAUUGAAGAGGUCUUCUUGGAGGACACCAGAAAGGCAUUUAGGGCUAUGGUGGCUGCGGAGGAAAAAAAGAGGAUCGCAAAAGAGGAGCUUGAAAAGGGAAAGAACAUGAUCCAAGUCGAUGAUGUUCUUGCCAUUAGACAAUUGAGCAAGAAGUCGGCGGCUGACGGAGCCGAUAUAGCCGAGCAGGACCUAGAAAAGGCUACAGGGGCCGACGCUAGUGUCGAGGAUCUUUCCUCGAAGCUUAGUCGUGUUGUGCAGCUUACCGGAUUUUCCGAUCCAGUAUAUGCUGAGGCAUAUGUUAAAGUUCACCAGUUCGACAUCAUUCUCGACGUUCUACUCGUCAACCAAACCACCGAAACCUUGCAAAACCUCUCGGUCGAAUUCGCAACUCUAGGAGACUUGAAGGUUGUUGAAAGACCAACUACCCAAAAUCUCGGCCCUCACUCAUUCCAGUCUGUCCAAGCAACAAUCAAGGUCUCGUCCACAGACACCGCGGUAAUCUUCGGUAACGUUGUCUACGACGGACCAUCGUCCACAGAGACUAACGUGGUCAUCUUGAACGACGUGCAUGUCGACAUCAUGGACUACAUUCAGCCAGCUUACUGCAGCGAGACCCAAUUCCGAACCAUGUGGACCGAGUUUGAAUGGGAGAACAAGGUCAACAUCAAUUCGAAGGCUAAGUCACUCAGGGAUUUCCUUGACCAAUUGAUGAAGAGCACAAACAUGGCCUGUUUGACCCCAGAAGCAAGCUUAAAAGGGGACUGCCAAUUCCUGAGUGCAAACCUUUACGCAAGAUCUGUCUUUGGUUAGUCCCCCCCCCGAUCCAUCCACCCUACCGUCCCCCGCAGAUUAAUAGCUGAUUUUUCAUUUUUACAGGCGAGGAUGCACUAGCAAACCUCAGCAUCGAAAAAGAGGGUGAUGACGGCCCAGUAACAGGCUUUGUCCGCAUCCGAAGUAGGUCCCAAGGCCUCGCUCUCAGCCUCGGUUCAUUGAAAGGCCUACAAAAAUAAUGAUGGGAUGGAAACGCAUAAUAAUGGGUUUGUCGAUGUCCUCUCUUUCUUUCUAUAUCUACUACCAUUGCUACUACUACUCUUAUUCUUUUUUUUUUUUAAAAAAAAAUAGUUCACGUGGGAAAUAAGAAAGGGGGGAGCCUUUUGUCAUGUUAGAACGAUGUGUGAUGGUGAAACAAAAGAGCUGUUGGUCAUAGUUUUUCUUCCUUUUCAAUGCCCUUUUCCGAAGCUAUUAUGCACAAUAUGCCCCUUGGAAAAGCCAGGGUAGCUAGUACCACGAUAGGCACGGGUUUAGAUUGCUCGAUACCACCGCCUCACGAUCUAUCACUCGAUAUGCAAUCUUAUUGUUUACCUCGUUCAUCUACCCUACUGCUACUCUACAGAACCGCGGGAUGAGUCAUUAUACAAACACCGCCACCGAGCUGAAAAGGAAACUAGGAAUGUCUGACGAGACUAUAUUAUCCACUUUCUCUCCUCCUCAAAAACCGCCCACAGAGAACCAAAGUUCCGAUAGAAAAAAAAUAUUAAAAAAGAAAGAUUAAUACGCGGCAUUAUAGCCAUAUCCACAGUACCUAUCCUCGUCAUCAUCAUACUCCCCAUUAAUCUCCUCCCCCUCAGAGCCGGAGCACCCAGAAUAUUCACCCCCACAGGGAUACCCAUCGUCGUCACUGUA